AUGUCCUUUUCAAGCCUUGUUCAAGACCUCUCUUUCAGAGACAAUACCACCAACGAGCGUCGACAAAUGAACCGCGCAACCUCAUCAGCCUCGACCAUUGAUGACCGCCGAUCCCACGUUUCCAGAGCCAUGUCUUAUGCCAGCACUACUGCGACAAGUGUGAGCAUAGCUGGCGAUAUUUCAAGUCAAUUGCAUGGUGGUUAUGCGCAUCCUCUUGCUCGAUCAUGGCAAGCGGAGCGACAGUUGACCAAGGCAAUGCUUAUUUACCCUCUAUUCAUCUCAGAUAUUGAUGACGAAGAAAUUCUCAUUCCCUCGCUCCCAGAUCAAUACCGCCGCGGGAUCAAUAAACUCGUCCCUUUCCUGGAACCGCUCGUUCGAAAGGGCCUGCGAUCAGUCAUACUGUUCGGUGUUCCAAUGGCUGCGGGCACAAAGGAUGCACUAGGCACUGCUGCUGAUGAUCCGCGGGGACCUGUCAUGGCUAGUAUUCGCCUGUUGCGCCAAAGAUUCCCCCAGUUGUAUAUUGUCGCAGAUGUCUGCCUUUGCGAAUACACAUCACACGGCCACUGUGGCAUUCUCAGAGACGACGGUAGUCUGAACAAUCAGUUAUCUGUCGACAGAAUAUCAGAUGUGGCUAUUGCAUACGCUCAAGCGGGUGCUCACUGCGUCGCUCCUUCGGACAUGAACGACGGUCGAAUCAGAGCUAUCAAGCUUAAGUUGAUCGAGGCUGGCAUUGCCCACCAGACAUUACUCAUGUCAUAUGCUGCGAAAUUCUCGGGCUGUCUAUACGGCCCAUUUCGAGAUGCAGCGGGCUCCGUUCCCUCUUUUGGGGACCGCAAAUGCUACCAACUACCACCAGGGGGCAGAGGUCUUGCCCGCAGAGCCAUUGAGCGUGAUAUUGGCGAAGGUGCGGACAUCAUUAUGGUCAAACCUGCGGGUCAGUACCUCGACAUCAUUAGUGACGCCAAAGAAAUUGGAAAGAACAUGCCUAUCGCUGCCUACCAAGUUAGUGGGGAGUUUGCUAUGCUUCAUGCUGCUGCGAAAGCUGGAGUUUUCGACCUAAAGACGAUUGCCUUCGAAUCUACAGAGGGUAUUUUACGGGCAGGUGCGGGGAUUGUCGUCAGUUAUUUCACACCCCAGUUUCUGGACUGGUUAGAGUCAUAG